UAAUAUUGAAAAGAGUCCGACAGGAUAAUAAUGACAAAAAGACAUCAAAAUUGAACUCUUCAGAGGCCUCAAAUUCAACUAAUUCGCCAGAUUCAGCUGAUUCAUCUAGUUUUUCAGAAGACAUAAAAUUGGAAUUGGAAGCUGAUGAUAAACCUUAUUUAGAUUUUAUAUUAUCUGACAAAAAAUCUGUAUUAAAUGAUAAAAGUGAAGAUUCUGAAAAUUCUGAUGAUAAUGAAGGAGAUUUUUUCCAAAACAAACGAUUUACAGCUCCUGAUUGGGAUGAUUUUGAUGACAAUAAUAAUUUUACAUAUCUUAAUCCAAGUACUGAGUUUUCUGAAACUUAG